CGGAGAUCAGUUGAAUUUUUAUUUCUGAAAUCAACUUAUUAAAAAUGAAAACUAUCGUGCUUAUUUUCGGCUUUUGCGUUUGCGUUGGUGCUCUGACAAUCGAAGAAUUAAAAACUAGAUUGCAUACUGAGCAAUCAGUUUGCAAAACAGAAACUGGCAUUGAUCAGCAAAAAGCAAAUGACGUUAUUGAAGGCAAUAUCGAUGUAGAAGAUAAAAAAGUUCAAUUGUACUGUGAAUGUAUAUUAAAAAAUUUCAACAUUCUUGACAAAAACAAUGUCUUUAAACCACAAGGAAUCAAAGCAGUCAUGGAAUUACUUAUAGACGAGAAUUCUGUUAAACAAUUAGUCUCCGAUUGUUCAACCAUCUCUGAAGAAAAUCCACAUUUGAAAGCAAGUAAGUUAGUACAAUGUGUUUCGAAAUAUAAAACGAUGAAAUCAGUAGAUUUUCUCUAAAUAUUCAACUAUCAAAAGGAAAGAAAAUUUAUUUAUAACACGAGAUGUCUACUUUUUAGCUUGAUUGUAAAAAAUAUUUAAAGAUUUAUAUUAAUAAA